GUUCGCAGACUUAUUCGCACAGUUCGCACGCGAAUACCGCGGUGGGUGUCGUACGCGUCUUGCGUUUCCGCCGAUCCGUUUCGCAGCCACGAGACUACUUCUUGAUUACUAUAUGUACGGGAGUGCGAUGAGGGGAUAUCGCGUCUGAGGAAAGCGGGGCGGCGGGGGUCAGUCAGAAGCGCACGAGUCUCUAUACAUCGCUUGUCCGCCGGCGACGAGGAUAACGAGGAUUGCGUCACCGCCGGCAGAGAGACAAAAAACAGUCGGGAUCUGUGCUCGCGCAGCUCCGGAGGGAAAUUUCACACUGCGAGCCACGAGGCGGACGAGGAAUCGAGGAGAGGAGCAAAGGCGAGGAUAGAGCGAGGGUGACAGCGACGGGGAAGCAGCAGGAAAGGAGGAGCGGGCACUCGAGUCGAGGCGCAAGGUGAUGCGUGACCUGCGUGACGUUUACAGCGCGCGGUGACACGCGUGUCACGAAGCGGAGCGAGUUGGGGAAGGUGAACCGCGAACCGGAAAGAAGGACCGACGGACGGACGUCUGUGUCCACACACGCGCGCGCGCGAACGUACCCGACCUACUCGUGUUCAGGAGAUAUACGUCGCGCGUUCUCGAGGUGUGUUUAUUGCGCGGCGCGCGAAAUCGAGCGUGCCUCUUUGUACUUGAGGGUGCGUUGCGGGCUGAUCUCCGGUCGUGCUCGUCGAGGCGGCACUCGCGAUCGCAGGAACCGGAAUCCGGCCUGCCCCGAAAGUACUUCUCUCUCUUUUUCUCUUUCUCUCUCUCACUCUCCCAUCCUCCCUCUCUCUCUGUCUCUUUCUUCCUCCCUCUUCGCAGAGAGCGCUCACGCUCAUCAUCCAAGGAACGACGGCAACGACGCGUCGUCGAUCAUCGUUACGGCGGAGAAGAAGCGAGAAAAUGGCCGACUGUUGGGUGCAGAAUUCUGUUUGCCGGUACUUCAAGAAUGGCUUUUGUCGAGAUGGGAGUAACUGCCGGUAUCGGCAUGUGCAAGGGAAUAGAAAUGAUGGAAAUGCAAGUAUCAACGAGGCAACGUCGACGCAUAACUCUGCUUAUAUUGUCACUUGUCGCUUCUUCAAACAGGGUAUGUGUAAGUUCGGUAGUCAGUGCCGUUUCCGCCACGUCUCAGGCUCAGGUACCGCGGACAGCAGCGCCACGCAAACAAACGCAACGGAAAACUCUGCCUCGGGUGGCCACUACACAUGUUCGAGAAACAAAAAAGCUGACAAGCGUACCGCUGAAGAAUGGGUCAAGGCACCUGAGUUUGUACCUACGAUUGGGUCCCCGGUCGCUGGAUCAUCCUCUAUAGACGGUAUGUCAUCUGCUUCGGGAACAUCUUCAAGUACGUCGAUGCCAGUCUCGUACGCACAAGCCGUUAAUCCAGCUGGUCAAGCUUCGAGCCCUUCAGAUCCUCUGUGUCCAUAUGCGGAGGCAACUGGAAUUUGUAGAAAUUCAAACUGCACAUAUCUACACGGUGACAUUUGCGAAUUAUGUAGCCGCGCGGCUCUUCACCCACACAAUGAAGAAUUGAGGAAGAAACAUAUAAAUGCUUGCGUGAAACAACACGAAGCAGAUAUGGAAUUAUCUUUCGCCAUUCAACGCAGUAAAGAGAAAUCUUGCGGCGUUUGUUUCGAGACAAUAAUGGAAAAAGCCUCGCGAGAACAGAGAUUCGGUAUAUUGCCAAAUUGCAAUCACUGCUUCUGCCUAACUUGCAUCAGAAAAUGGCGCCAGGCCAAACAGUUCGACAACAAAAUCAUAAGGGCAUGCCCAGAGUGUCGUAUUCCCUCAGAUUUCGUUUGUCCUAGUAUGUACUGGGUGGACACGAAAGAGGAGAAGGAAAAGUUGAUAAGAGAUUACAAAGGCGCCUUGAGUAUCAAGGAUUGCAAGUACUUCAACAAGGGUCGCGGCAAGUGUCCGUUCGGUAAUAAAUGUUUCUAUCUUCACGCACUUCCGGACGGGACUAAGAAAGACGUGGGUCCACCGGUUCGACAGAGGCGCAACACCAGUGACACCGAUAUCGACAUCCUGCAUCAACUAAUCUUGUGGGAUUUCUUCGAGGAAAGGGACGAAUCUCGUUGGAUGUAUCUCGAUUUUGAAGAUAUCCCUUCUUUCUUCUCAGAUUCCGACGAUUCCGAUUGGUCCGAUGAGUUGCCGUUCGAUUAGACGCGCAAAACUAGUCGACCGACACAAAACUGCCUUGAUACUGUUAUCAUUGCUACUGUUAUCAUUGCUAUGUCGAUACCUACUUCCUUUAUUAUUCGUGCGCGGCUUAGCAACUAAGAAAAUUACUAGAUAAUUAGCAAAUAAUUUGAAUUAUAAUUCGGAGACGUUCUAGCUAUACGUAGAAGAAAAAGCAGAAAAAGAAGAAAAAUGUGCGCACUAAAAUGAUAAUUUAUUAUAUAUAAAAAAUGUUUAGCCGGCAUCAAAAUAGUUAAAACGCUUUCUUUUUUUUUCCUCGCAGAUAAUAUCUUCAAGUUUUUUAUUUCUACACAGGAUAAUGAUAAUAGUUAUUAAAAUGUUAUUUCCGCAACAAUAUAGGAAAUUGUAUUACCAUUUUAUUAGAAUAAAUAAAGGUAAUGUUUUAAUAACUAUUAUCUUCAGUCAUAGAAAUAAUCUUUUAAGUAUUAUCUAUAAAAAGGAUGUGUUCUUAAUUAUUUUAGUGGCGACUGUAUACUUGUGUAUAAACAAUUAGAGAUUAAUAAUCUCAAUAAUUAUGGUGGUACAUAGUCGAGCACAAAAAAAUUAAAAGGCGGGAAAUAGCAUGGGCAGUAAUGAAAAUUUCCUUGGAUAUGCAUCGUAACUUCGGAAUCACUUUUGUGUAACUUGACCAAUGCUCUACUAACCGAUUGUUCUAGCAACUAUUAAUUCAGUGGUCCAAAUUUCAUCAGUGAAUAGUCUAUAUAUCGAUAUUUUUCCGAUGUUCAUUUGCUCGAAUAGUAAUAUCGUUGGUUUUUUUUUUCUAUAGCCGAUACUAGUUAUUAUUGAACUAUUCCACAAUGCAUGAUCUGGAAUACUUCUAUACAUUAGAUCGAAUCGUAGAAUAAGCAAGUCGAUCAAUAAAUAACCGGAAAUUUUAGUUGAUUGUCGUCAGUGAAAGAUUUAAAUAAUCAUUCUUUUUUUGCUCUUUUCCGUAAGCUGAAAUGAUAUAACAAAAUAGUUGAGAGGGUAGAUUAAUUGUAGCAUUUUCGAUUAAGGCUUUUUUUGUUUAAGACGAAUAGAUUAGAUUUACUCUAUUUUGUAAUUUCAAUAAACAUUUGUCAUUCAAUGAUGUUACAUUAUUAGAUGUACUUAAUCGACAUAUAGAAACUGUGAAGAAUGUGCUACAUGGGAUUUAAACAAAACUUUAAAUAAUGCAAAUUACUGUUUGAAUCGAUUUUACUGGGCUUUAUUUGUACUUGUAAUAAAUAUUUAUAGAAUGGGCAUGUUUUGUGAUUGCAAUAUAAUAUUGCGCUUGACGUAAAUGAUAAUAAACACAAAUCAGUUACGUGUGUCAUGUCCGUAAAUAAAAUUUUAACACAGUGUUAUUACAAACGUAUGUUAUAUACAUUCAGUAAUACAUUUCUUUUUCAAGCACAAACCCAUUUAUUAGUUAUUGCAGUUACAAAAUACAUUUAAUUAUAACUUGUCGAAGGUUUACAACACUACUAUUCACAUGUAAAAUAGGAAAACUGGACAACGAUUAAUUAUUUGUGUGAUCAGUGUGCAUUGUCAGUUCAAUUUAUCACUAGUUCAUAUCGAAGGUACGAUCUACAAUUGUCGUCCUACCUCUUGCUAUGGCUCCGCGAAAAUCUUCAUACAUAUAUAUAACACAUUUCUUUAAAUUAUUACACAGUUGUAUAGCGUUACUCGUGAAUAAUGGGUAUAUUCCUUAAAGAGCAAGUGUGCAAAGUGAAUGUGAUGUACGUGUAAGGAUGUUGUGCGUGCAAUUAGUGUGCGGUAAUUGUGUGCGUGUGUAUAAAUGUGUGAAUGGGAAUAAGUACGAAUAUGGAAAAAACAAAUAUUUGUGAGUAAGAGACAGACUAUAGGAAUAGCAUAUAUGCGGAAUAACAACAGAUGUAAUUAAAAGACCGCUUUGUGUGAAGUGCGCAUUUGUAGAUUCGAAAAAAAAAGGAACAGUAGAAGUACGCACGACGGAGUUGGACCCACGACAUAGAGCCAUGCUGGGAAUUCAUCGUCGAUCGUUUUUACAUUUUAUCGAUUUAAUAAUAAUAGCAACAUGUUCCGACAACCGUUCUCUCAAUAUAGAACCAUGAUAAUUACGCUUUGAAGGGCAUAGAAUUCUUUUGUGUAAAACUGACGAGAUUGUACGUACGUAAAAAUAUACUUACACACCAAAGAGAUAUUACGAUAUUCACUCUCUAGCAUUGAAUAUUCCGUGUGAUGUCAUUUUUUAACUUUUCGCUAAAUGAGAUCUUUCCGCAAUAUAUUUAUGACAAAUAAUCACGUUGUUCUACAUAUAGUUCCUGCUCGCACUUACAACCUGAUUCGUAUUCAUGGUAGGAAGUGACCAGCUUUUACAGCAGAGAACCGUCGGUACUGCCUUUCAAAAGCUAUGUGAUUAUAGAGUAAUAUAUCGUUCAUUGCGCUAUAAAGUCAGUUUCUUAAUCCGCCUCGACAAAGCGUUUUAUCGGCUCGAACUUUCGCUAUGCUAUGAGAAUAUCGUUUAUAUAUAUUUCCCAUAGAAUUUCUAUGCUGUUAAUUUUAUCGACAAUUGUUAGAAUAAAACGCUUUAUAUUGUUACCGGUAAUGUAUAAUAGAAACUUUCUAUGGUACGCUGUGCGUUUCGAGCGACUAUUUUUGGAGCUACUUUCUUUAACAACCACAAACUUCCCGAUGAGGGAAACAAAAAUAAGACGCUUAAGCGAUAUUUGAAUUGUAAGAUAGCGGAAUGUAUGUUGAUAAGUCGAUUGAGAAUUCUUAAGUCGGUAAUUUUGUGAAAUGAUGGAAAAUUUCUGAUGGAAACUUCUUUAACGUUCAGUAUACCAGUACAUAUCGCCGUUGUAGAAGGAGAGCUAAGUUAUAACCGCGUUGAACGUUGCACGUAUUUGCCAUGCCGUCAUUGCUACUUUUAUCCGUCUCGGACUAAACGCGAUGCUAUUUAUUGCAUUAUUAUGCUCUAAAUGCAUGAGACGCGGGAGGAGAGGUAUAAUAAAAUUAGGAGUUGACGUUUGUGUCGAGUCGUUCCACCGGCGUUCAACGCGGUUUGCCUUGACUCUGGCGAUGCAUUUUCGGAGUUAACUUUGAAGUUCACUCGCGGUACAUAGUGAUUCUAAAAUCGGGAUUCCACUGUGUGAUUUUGGUUAAUAACGCGAAGAGCGUGAGGACAAGGCCGAUUUACUGAUCCAUUCGGAUUAUUAUUCGAACGAGAUAACGAACGAGAUUCUUUAAUAACUUCAAUCCCAUUCUCAGGAUGGUUUCGUUAAGCUAGUUUAGAAAUUACAUAGAAUUUACGGUACAACCGCGUGCGUUAUUGUCUCUGCGUGCAGAAUUCAAUCGCCCAAGAUUCUACCGCAAGUGUGCAUUAAUGCGAAUUAAUCGUACUAAACGUACCUGCAUUGAAUUACUGUAUUGCGUAGUGACGAGUAUUCUUUUUUUUCCCCUUAACAAUCUAAAUACGCUUUACAGUUACGUGAUUCAUUUACAUAAGCUGAGAUCGAGCGUCUCUACUAGUUUUUUCUGUAUUCUUUUUUCUUUCGGCUCUUACAGUAUGCAAUUCUUUAGGAUAACAUUGUGCCGAUUUGUACCAUUUUAUUUUUCAGCGUAUUAUUUAUUUUUAUUCAGCGUGUAUUAUUAAACGUGUAUUUUAUUGUGUGCCGGAAACGCUCAAAAGAGUCUUGCGAGGUGGGAAGGAGAGUUACACUUCGAGUUUUUUCCCAGGGGAGGUGAUUUGUUGGUAUUACGCUAAAUUUCUAUACGUAAUUGAACCUUAUAUUUUUGUAACUUAUCGCGUCGAACUACGUUAUAUGAUAAAAAGGCUCUAUAAAGCGGAUAUAAUAAGAUAUACGAUUAAAAGUCUUAUAUUUGUUAAGUAGCGCGUCACCAUGAAAAGGUAAAAUCGACGUUGAAAACAUUGUUGUGCCACAGCUUGUUUCUUACGUCUUUAAUAGAUCUUAGAUUAUUGUGAAUGUUUUUUUUUAGCCAAUAAAUAAUACGUAGAUCAAGCAAACUGUAUUUUUACUGUAUAUAAUGCGAAGCAAUUCGCGAACGUUCGCAUUAUCUUCAACCAUCCUUUUUACGUAUGAAAGAACAAUUUGAGGAAAUUUAAUCAUUAAGAAACAGCGAGCUCUCUUUCCCUUUUUGUACUUUUCUUAAUUGAUAUUGCGAAGCUGUAUCAUGUUUGCUUUGCGUCGCGUUGUCGCGGGCAAAGUAUAAUUGCAAAAUUAUCCGAGUAUAUUCAACGGUUUUUCCGAUGACGUCCAAUUAAAGUAUGUCGCAUGCCAGAUAUAAUUCUCCUCUCGAGAACGAAAUCUAUAAAAUAUCGCAUAUACAAGCGCUGGUGAAACUGCAAAUACAAAGAUCUGCCAUGGGCGAUCACAAAGAGCACACUUUCUCCUGAUAGAACAAAAGCAAUUGUUUCUUGGGGAAAACGAGAGGGAGAAAGGGGAGUGCGCGAUUGAAUAAUUACACAUAAUCGCGUGUCGAUUAUGUGUAAAAAAAAAAGUUCUGACGUGUAUCAGGGAGUGUUUACUAUUGCAAAAUAGGAACGUUACGCAUACGAUAUUUAAAUCGCCACGUUCCCUCUUUCUCCCGCUGUCGGGGGUCCGUUGGUUUUACGUGUCUGUUCACUCCUGAUAAAGUAGAAUUAGCGAUAAAAGGUCUAUAUAUGCAAUGUUAUUAGAAAUUAUCCGUUGCAAGAUUAUCGGCUCGAUCAUGAAAUUCGCGACUAAAUACGUGAAAUAUCGCGUCGUUGCGUGAUCGACGAGCUUUUCUUGUACGCGAAGGAUAACGCCCCUGUGUUUUGAACGCUGAUAGGGAAAAAGAAGCUAGGUUUCAAUCUUUCAGUGGCUUUUUCAGUGGCUAUUGUACGUUCGGCGAGGCGGGAAUGCGUGAUCCCACCUUCAAUUUCGCUUCUCACGACGAUAUAUUUUUGUUAUUGGAUGUAGACUAAUAAAAUCGACAGUAUAAGUCUCCACGAGA